AUGGCUUUCAAAGUGUUGCAUCUCUCUAUCUUCAUUCUCUUUUUAGCUAAACUGUCUCUUUCAUAUGAACCUAGAAACCAUGAAGUGGAUGCUUUGAUAAGUAUAAGGGAAGCAUUACAUGAUCCACAUGGAGUGUUAAACAACUGGGAUGAGGAUUCUGUUGAUCCUUGUAGCUGGGCUAUGAUCACUUGCUCUGCUGAAAAUCUUGUCAUUGGCUUAGGGGCUCCAAGCCAGUCUCUUUCUGGGAUUCUGUCCGGAACCAUAGGAAAUCUCACUAAUCUUCGCCAAGUGUUGUUGCAAAACAAUAACAUCUCUGGUCAGAUCCCUCCAGAGCUUGGCACUCUCUCAGAGCUUCAAACUUUGGAUCUCUCUAACAACAGGUUCUCUGGAGUGGUACCAGAGUUUCUUGGUCAAUUAAACAGUCUCCAAUACCUGAGGCUAAACAACAAUAGCUUGUCUGGGCCUUUUCCUGUGUCCUUGGCCAAAAUCCCACAUCUUGCUUUCUUGGACCUGUCUUAUAACAAUCUCAGUGGACCUGUGCCCAAGUUCCCUGCCAGAACAUUCAAUGUUGCGGGCAAUCCAUUGAUUUGUGGAAGCCGCGGCACUGAAGGAUGCUCUGGAUCGGCCAUUGCUGGUCCUCUUCCUUUUUAUCUAAAUUCAUCAUCUGGUAAGCAUAAGUCCAAGAAAUUAGCAAUUGCACUUGGGCUUAGUCUCAGCCUUGUAUCUCUCUUCCUCCUAGCACUUGGAUUCCUCUGGCUCCGCCAAAAACAAAAAGGCAAAGUGAUACUCAACAUUAGUGACAAACAAGAAGAGGGGCUAAUUAGCCUAGGAAAUCUCCGAAACUUCACUUUCAGAGAGCUUCAAAUUGCCACUGACAACUUCUGCUCAAAGAACAUUCUUGGUGCUGGAGGUUUUGGCAAUGUGUACAAGGGAAAGCUGGGAGAUGGGACCGUGAUGGCUGUGAAACGGCUAAAGGACAUGACUGGAACUGCUGGGGAAUCACAGUUUCGGACAGAACUGGAGAUGAUCAGCCUUGCAGUUCACCGCAAUUUGCUGCGGUUGAUUGGAUAUUGUGCCACUUCUAAUGAAAGACUUUUGGUUUAUCCUUACAUGUCAAAUGGCAGCGUGGCCUCAAGGCUUAGAG